AUGGACGACAGAAUCAUUUCGCCCCGCGGAGAAGUAACGGCCUUGCUCCAGCAGGAUGAACAUAUCCCCGACGACGAGGAAGAACAGACCGAGAAUGAAGAUCUUCGACAAAUGGUUUGGCAACUUUUGGAUCCGGAAAGCGAUCUCGCCCAGCGCGUUGAGGAGAUCGUUAUAGGAACAUGCGCGAAGCGAGAAUAUGACCACCAAACCCAGCCCGACGAGAACGGCGUCGUCGAGAUCCUGCCCAAUGUGCUGAAUUCUGCGGCACUCGAGGAAAUUCUCAAGAGCGUGAGGAAUCUUCAAACCUUCUCGUGA